GUCAAAAACACGCAUAUCCGGUUGUCCGGAAUGGGAACCUAGCAGAUUGUUUUUGAUAAGAACCAAUGAAAUAAACAACAUUUAGACAGUUUACUGAGUGCUCUGUUCAUCUACGCAAUGUCUUACAAGAAAGAAACCCCUUCAGAUCAACAGCUUCACCUGGCUGCACUUCAGGGUAACUUGGAGAAGCUAAAACGAGUAUUGGACAGUGGUAAAGUUCAUGUGGAUUGUAAAGACAAGGAAGGAACAACCCCAUUGAUAUUGGCAGCAGCUAAUAAUCAUUUGGACUGUGUAAAAGAAUUACUGAAGCAGGGAGCCGAUCCAAAUUCAAGGAGGCUGACUGGAACCUGUGCACUGUUUUUUGCUGCUCAAGGUGGAUUUUUGGAUAUUGUUAAAUUGCUAUUAGACAGUGGAGUAUCAGUAGAUUUAGCCAGUUAUGAUGGAGGUACACCAUUGUUUGUUUCCUGUCAAUGUAAUCACCAGGAAGUUGUUGAUGCAUUAUUGAAUAGAGGGGCAGAUCUUCAUGCUCAGAUGGUAGAUGGUGCAACAGCCCUCUUUAUAACAGCACAGAACGGCCAUGUACGAUUAAUGAAAUACCUCAUCUCCAAAGGUGCUGAUCUUAACUUAAAUAGACAGGAUCAAGCCUCACCAUUGUGGAUUGCCUCACAAAUGGGACAUACACAGGUUGUAAAAGAAUUAUUAACAUUAGGUGCCAAAGUUGAUGCAAUUCGAGAGGAUGGAGCUACUCCUCUGUUUAAAGCUUGCCAUAAAGGUCAUUUAGAGGUUGCAGAGCAAUUACUAAAAUAUAAACCAGAACUAGGAUUACUAAAGAAUGGGGAAACCCCACUGCAUGCAGCUGCCUUAUUUGGUCAUCUCAAAGUAAUCAAAUUACUGAUGUCAUAUAAUGUAGACACAAAAAUCAAAAAUAAGGAAGGAAGAACUGCUGCAGAGCUUGCCAGAGAAGCAGGUAAUGAACAUAUAACCAAAUUUAUAGAAAGUUACCAAACAAGUACAGACAGACGUAACAGCAUUCCUAAUGGUACAUCCACUCCGUCGCCAACGUGAUGAACUAAUGCAUAAUAAUUCCAAAGCUUCAGAAACAAUGUUUACUAUCAAUGUGUAAAAUUAUUUACACAACUGAAGUGUUAUUGCCUAUACAUUCAAUGUGUAAUGUUUUUUACACUGCCGAAAUGUAAUUGCCUAUACAUUCAAUGUGUUUUGUUAUUUAAGCUGCCAAAGUGUUAUUGCCUAUAAGUUGUGAUUUAUACAGAAUUAAAUGCCAGUAUUGUAUUUUAAUUUGCUGGUUGGUAUCAUAGUCAUGGAACUUGUUUUUAAGACUUAGAAUUACUGUUUAAAAGCAUCAAUUAAUUAAAAACGUUAUUUUGGUUAAUACGGUUCAAAUUUAUCCAUAUGAAUUUCCAGAUAUGUAGAUCCUUAUUUGGUACCUUGUAAAAGAAUUCUAUGUUAGGACUGAGAUAAGAAAUAUUUAACAUUUGAACAAAUAUGAUAAAGCACUAUUUAAGAUAGGUCAAGUUUUUAUGGGAAAAUAAUUAUAUAUUAUUUACCUCCACAACAUCUUUAUAUUGAGUAUAAGUUUGCAUUCACAUUUACCUUGUAAGUGUCUUGUUAUUAUGUCUGUUAUUAUAUAGUAAUCCAUACUUAUUAUUACCUCAAAAUGAAGGUUUAAGAAUUCAAUCUUAAGAUGAUAUUUGUUUACAUGUUUUUUACAAUGUUUAUGACAUUUUAUAUUUCUACCAUAAAAAGUCAAUAAUUUUUUAUGUAGACUAAAUUCGUCAGAUGAAAGAUUGUUCGUUUUUCUUGGGAUUUUGGAACUAUUUUCUUACAUUCAUUUUUGAUUGAAAGGUUGAUUAUUUGACCUCUUAUAAAUAAUUGCCUAGAAUACUUUUCUUCAUAUAAUCAUAUGUUUUCCCCAGUUUUGAGGUAUCUGAAAAAAGGUCAAAUACUAUUAAAGGCAAACUAAUGUUAAUUAAACCCACUAAAUAUGCAGAUGUUGAAUACAGUAAUGUUAUGUUUAUUGGACCGGUAGAAUGGUUAUGUUAUUUUGUCAAGUUUAUGAUACUCAUUUAAAGCCAUUAUAUUUUAUAAAAAAUGAAUUAUGAAUACUGUGGUUUCAUUUAUUUUUGAUGGUACCAAAUAUUAUGAAUCGAGUUAAAUUUUUAUUUUUGUGGACAUUUGAUUUCGUAGUUUUGCCAAAGUCUGCAUUCAAGCCUAUACAUUUUUUUAUUGCUUUGAACAUUUAAGUUCCUGGUUCAGCUUUUUCCAAAUAAUCAACAAAAUUGGUAUACCAGGGAAAAUAAUAGAUCCACAGUAUUGAAUUUUGUGAUAAAUAGUUGGUAGGAUGGUAUAAAUGAGAGACACCGUUUAAAUUUGAAAUUGAGAUUUCACAAAAUGUUGAAACAAUUGAUAAGUGCUUUCUAUUAUGGUGCAAAGCGUUUUUCAGUGCAUGAUUUUUGUAAGUGCUGGUUUCACAUAUUUUUCUUAUGAUUUCAAAUUGGAAAAAUACAUUCACAUUGGUUGCUAACACUUAAAAUAUAAGAUUUUACAAAGUUUUUUUGCCAUGAUAUUUUUUAUGAGGAAACCUAAAUUAGAAGCAGUUGUAAAGAUAUAUUAAACAGAUAAAAAAAAAAAAAUUAUACAUGUAUGUUAUUACCUGCUUUUAAAAAUAUUUUUGAUCUCCAGUGAAAUGUUAAAAUACAUUUAGCUGCUACAGACAAAAAAUUAAAAUUUCAAACAUUUGUAUUCAGAAGGAGUGCUUGUUUUUUUAAAUUUCUAAAUGUUUAGUUUUGAAUACAUUGAUCGUUAUCAUUUAAAACCUGUCCCAACAGACAUUAAUUAAGGUGAAAUUUAAGCAAAAAUGGGCACACAUUAUUAGUCAACGAAUAUUUAACCAGUAUUGUAGUUGUUUUAGGUUGUCAGAAAAGAUUAUUUCUAUACUUAUAGAAAAUAAUAUAUAUGAUUUCAGCAUAUUUAUUAGUAAUAGACUAUGUUUUAUAUAUAUAUAGAAAAUUUGUAUAUUUAUUUACAUUAAUUGUGUAGAUUCAAGAUUCAAUAGUUUAUUUAUGUGUAUGUGAUAGAGUUUAAGUUGAUGUAUGAAAAUUAAUCUAUGCAUAUUGCAUGAGUAUAAUAUACAACAAUUAUUAAAGUGUGUGGUAUACUUGUGUGAUUUUAUUUCAAAAUGUAGAUUGAAAUAAUAAGUUUUAAUUUGAACUACUAUUGCAUCUUAAUUUUUUAAACCUACACAUUUCGUUUUUGAAUUGUUCUGAAAUUAGAAAAAGGAAUAGAUAUAGAUAGAGGAUUAAAUCUCAAAGUUGAUUAUAUAUAACAUGAUUUUCUAAACAUAAAACAAGUUAUUGUAUGACAGACUUGAGCAUUUUUCAUUUGAAAUUAAUUUGAAUUAUUGCUAUGAUAUAACUACCGGAAAGAACAAUAACUUUGGUGAAUACACCUUUCCUCUAUCUUGUAGACUUUCGAAAUAAUUUCGCAUAUUUCAUAUUUCUAAUAAAGAUAAAUACUUUAUAAUUUAAAGUCCUAAUGAAACUUUUGUUCGAAUAUUUGUUAAAAUUUCUAUGAUGAACUUCAGAAGAAACUUGCUGGGAGACUUGUAGGUUUGUCAAGUAAAGUACCUACACAUUUUAUAAAGAAUUACUUAUGCUAAAUCAUUGAUAUUUAAUACACUGUUGUGUUAGCAUCCCAAUUUUUUUAGUUUUAAGUAGAAAGUAAGGCUCACUCCUUUGUUAUGCUUCAAUGACUUUGGAUUUUUGCUUUGAUAAAAAUGUUAAAUAAUCUUUUUUUUAUUAUUUGUUAUAGAAAAGUAUUGAUGCAUACUUCUUUGACUUUUUGAGUGUUGAAAAAUGUUUUGACUUUGAAAAAUAAUCAAAGUCAUAUUAUCCUUAAUAUUGAACAAUUAUCUUUGGAAUGUGGUUAAAAAAAGGUAUGACAAAUAUUACAAUUACUAGUUCAAGGUAUCAGAUGACCAGAUGUGCGGUAACUAAGUCCCUGUUUUGUAUGGUAUUUUCAAUCAAAUAUUUGUAUCCCACCACUUUCUAUAUUUUUAUAAUUUAUUUAAUGGCAUAUCAGGUUGUGCAAUGAAGUGAAUGUGUGUGAUUUUUUUAUUGCUUCAGAGAUGUUGUAUUAAUUAUGUGAUAAUCUUGUGACAGGUUUUGUUUUUUUAUCUCAUUUUUGAAUUUCAAUAAAAAUGGCCAAUUUAAAAUUGUAUUCAAAGGAACUUUGAUUGAUCUAAGAUAUAGUUAAAAAUAAUACUAAGAAACUUGCUCACUUUCUUAAAACAAACUGUUGAAUAAUUCUAGGCUAAAAUAAACAGAGAAUAUGAUUUUUCUCCUGGUGUUACAGACUGUUGAUAGUGGCAAAAGGAUGGUCCAUAAACUUUCAAACAGAGUUGUCAUGACAAUAUUUGAUGGCAAACUUAAAAUUCUUCAAUAUUUUAUGAAGAGGGUUUACAAUUUUGUGAUUAACGUGUAUAUUGCGCAUGUUUUUUUGUGUUAUGCUAACUCAAAACAUUAUAAACUAUGUACAUAAAUGGUUAUUUGUUUUCUAAUUUUUGUAAUUUUAUUUUUAAAGUUUCUAAUAUAUUUUUUUUCUUUAUGUAGAAAAAAUAAAUUUUACUUUCAUAGCUUACCUUUGCUUUGUUUAGUUCAGUUUUAUCAUAGGGCUAAAAGACAUGUAGUUUUUGUAUAGUUUGGUUUUGGUGCAUACACAAUAAAUAAGAGGGAGGUGACAAGUAUGAGUAAAUAAGACAGUCUCUAAACUAAUCAGAAUAGACAUCUAGAGGUCACCAACAGGUCAUUAAGGAUAGGCAUAUGUCAAGCACUGAAUCAUCUAAAUAAGUUUGGUUUUUUUAUAAAUUUAACAGACACUACAAAAGUCCAUACUGAGCAUAUUUACAAGAAUAGGAUAAGGUUGGGUUUUUUUAAUUGAGAAAAAUCUGAAUUUAUUUCAAUUCAUAUCAAGACAUAAAAAAAAAGUAGCUGAACAAAAAAAAAUUGUUUUAGGUUAUAGUAGGUUUCCAAAUUGGUGUAAAUUUGAUUUGCCAAGAUACUAUGUUUUAGAGUUUUGAAGUUGUACUUUAGCUCUGUAUAUCAUCGUAUCAUUUUUGUCGAGCCUUCGACUUUAGUCGAAAAAGCGAGACUAAGCGAUCCUACAUUCCGUUGGCGUCGUCGGCGGCGGCGUCCACAAAUAUUCACUCUGUGGUUAAAGUUUUUGAAAUUUUAAUAACUUUCUUAAACUAUACUGGAUUUCUACCAAACUUGGAUAGAAGCUUGUUUAUGAUCAUUAGAUAGUAUCCAUAAGUAAAUUUUGUAAAAAUAAAAUUCCAUUUUUCCGUAUUUUACUUAUAAAUGGACUUAGUUUUUUCUGCAGGGAAACAUUACAUUUACUCUGUGGUUAAAGUUUUUAGAAUUUUAAUAACUUUCUUAAACUAUCCUGGGUUUGUACUAAACUUGGACAGAAGCUUGUUUAUGAUCAUUAAAUAGUAUCCAGAAGUAAAUUUUGUAAAAUUGAAAUUCCAUUUUUUUCCAUAUUUUACUUAUAAAUGGACUUAGUUUUUUCUGCGGGGAAACAUUACAUUCACUCUGUUGUUAAAGUUUUUAAAAUUUUAACAUUUUUCUUAAACUAUCCUGGGUUUGUACCAAACUUGGACAGAAGCUUAUUUAUGAUCAUAAGAUAGUAUCCAGAAGUAAAUUUUGUAAAAAGAUAACUCCAUUUUACUUUUAAAUGGACUUAGAUUUUCUUCCAGUUAACAUUACAUACAGUCUGCAGUUAAAGUUUUCAAAACAUUUAUUAGAUUCAUUAACUAUCCUAGAUUUUUACCAAACUUGGACAGAAGCUUCUUACAAUCAUAAGAUAGUAUCAAGAGGAAUACUUUUAUUGAUUUUUUUCCUCACUUUUGUUGAGCCUGCGAUUUACAGCAAAAGGAGGCGAGACACUGGGUUCCGCGGAACCCUUACAAAUUUUUCAUUUACAUUUUAAAGAAUGUAUAGUUACUGCAUAAUUAGGAUAUACCAUUGCACUCAGAUAAUUAGUAACUGUGUUGCAUAUAGUGAAUGUAUGUUAUAUAUUUUGCAUUUAUCAUGGUGCUAACCUCAUUAACGUGUGUCUGUGUGUGUUUGGAUAAUAAUCUAUAACUUCUGUAACUUUUAACUUGCUAAAAUUCACAGCCGUGCCCAACAGUCUACUCCACUGCCUUAUUAAGUGCUUAAAGUGACAUAUCUUUGUAUGAAUUUUUCGUUCCAAAAUUAUCUAGAAUUUGUUUUAUUUUAGAUGUUAAAUUUCGAUGUUGGUAUCUAUUCAGAAAUGCUGAUGGUCAUGAAUCUCAUGUUUCAUAUUAAAAUGUCACAACAUUAUUUAUAAUAUAAAUAGAUAUACAGUCACCUUUUGAUAAAAUAUAACAAAAUGGUUCUAUUUCUUAUGAAAAUGGACAUUCAGUUGACUUAACAAUUACAAAAUAUUGAACUGAUGACUUUUUAGUAUUGAUGCUUAAACAGAAUACAGUAAGGCACAAAACAAUGACAUAAAUGUUGAACUUAUACAAUUAAAAGAAAUGUUUAACAUGUUAAUUUGAAAUAAAUGUCUAAUAUUUAUAAUUGAAAUUAAUGCAAGGAAUUUGAUUUAUAAUUAAUGGGAUUGUUUAGAACUCAGAACUCACAAUCAGUUUCUUUGUUUUUUGAAAGAUAAUUUUUUCAAAAUUUAUAAAGCUUUUGUGUAUAUACACCAGUUGAUAUGUGAUGAAACAUUUUGGUAUAUUGUUGGUGCUGAUAUAAAUAGAUUACUGCAUUUGUUGUUCAUGUUAUUUUAUGCAGCAAUAAACCUUAAAUGUGAAAUAAAUAUGGAAAUUGAAUAAUUGUGACAGUCAAUCGUUAAAUCUUUCUGGAGAGAGAAUAGUAAGGACCAGAGUAGCCUAAUAGUUUAAACAUAUUAAUUUAUAGUGGAUUGGGAAACAAAUUAUAACAACUUAUAUUAAUUCCUUUCCUCUCUGGGUGCGAGUGCUGACUUGUAGCAGCAUUAGACUGCUCUUUUCGAAAUCUACAAGGGUGUCUUGUACGUGCAGGAAAUACGGCUCCCUCAUAACAUGGGUCAGCCAUUUAUCGUCCCCUUCUGACAGACUAUCAUCAUCCCCUCAAGACCAUACUUGCAAAUGGUAACCUAUUAUCAUCACUGCGGUUAGUUUCUUCAAACUAUCAAGGUACCAGUGUCAAUCUAAAAAAUUGGGAGAAUUCUAAUUAAGAAGAAUUUGUUGUAAAAUAUAUAUAGAUGCUAUAAUGGUACAUGUACUGUCUUAACUGGACAAAACUAAUUUAUAUAAUUUUUGCUGCAAGAUAUUUUAUUUGUGCAAUACAAAAAACUGCAUUAAGGCUAUCUUACUCAUGUGUGAUCAUUGGAUAUUCUUGUCUUUUAUCUAAAAAUAAUAUCUACUUAUUUUAUGGAUUAACUUUAUUUCCUUUGAAUCAGUUAUUGUUCACCAACAUUGAUGUUUAAAGACAACAAAAUGUUAGAACAUGUUAAAUUAAAGUUUUCAUUUAGCUUGUAUAUAUUACACUGUAAUUAAUAGAUUAUUUAUUACACUGUAUAUUUAUUUAAAUUAUUUCUGCAGUUCAACCUAAUAUCUUUUGGAGUCUUUCACAGAAACUUUUUUUAAAAAUAAAGAAACCAGGAUUGUUCAUGACAUGUAUGUAUGUAUGAUGUACUGAAAUGUGUUGCUUAGUCUUUCUGCAAGAUUCUAUAUACAACAAUAAAGUAUCUAAAACUUUUA